UGACCAUGUCAGCGCGACUCUGACAACGGCGCUGUAUACAAUGUAAUUCUUCACUACAGUGUGUUGUCUAUUUGGAAUAUAGAAACAGUAUCGCCGACUGUCUCCGAUCAAUAUCAGCCGAUGUAUCCAUUCUGUCUUUGACCACAAUAACCUGUUGAGCCGACCUCCAAUCUACAUCAAUAAUUGAUUUGAAAGACAACCAAGGUGGCCGUAAAGGCUAAGUGGCCUCUUCUUUUAUUCAAUUCAAUUCGUGCUGUUUACUUUUUCUGACUGUAUCUAUCUUACUGCUGUCCAGGUCCAAAUCGUGUAUAAAUGAAUUAGGAUAAAAGUAUAGUUGCUGUUGACGAUUGCGUUCGUCAAUAUUCACUAAUUUUUUAGAUUGAGGUCGUGUUUAACAAAUUGUUGUUCAUAAAUGACAACAAAGAUGUAUUGAUGGGGAUAACCCAAGCGACAGCAUUUUAUUUAUCAAAAGCCGAUAAUAACAAUACAUCAAAACUGUAUUUUUAUGUUUUAUUUAAUAUUCUUUGUAUGUCUCCAUAAACUUUUACUGCAACAUCUGUAUGCAUAUUGGCACGUAAAAUAUGUUCCAACUCCAAGCCUAUUCUUCGUUAGCUUAACCAUUUUCAUGUAAAUAAACAAAUCAAAAUUUCAAUACUUCUUAAAUUUCUACUUUGGUACCCACUUUGAUGCAUUUUUCAUUUAAGAUAUCUCUUAUAUCAGCAAAUAUUUACAAAAUUGACGAAUAAUGAAAACGUCCCGAAUUAAAAAUUGUAUUUAAAGGACCCAUACACCAACAGGUAAACAACUGGUGUAGGGAAAGAAGUCAAUUUACCGAUAUGGAUAACGAACGUAAACGUCAACGCGACAGGUUAUUGUGGUCGGCUUUAAUCAACAGGUGACGACUUAUAAUUUCUUAAAGGAUAGAAACAGUGACACCGACCAAUAUUUUUGACGAGUGGAAGCAGUGAUGCCGACUUAAAAUUUCUUAGAUACAUGUAAUGCCUGGCAAUCUUUCAUUUGGGAUAGAAACAGUGACGCCGACGGUUGUUUCCUUAGAGGAUAGAAACAGUGAUGCCGACGGAUGUUUCCUAAGAGGAUAGAAACAGUGACGCCGACGGAUGUUUUCUUAGAAGAAAGAAACAGUGAAGCCGACGUAUGUUUCAUGAGGGGAUAGAAACAGUCACGCCAAAGUGUUUUAGAAGAUAGAAACAUUCCCGUCGACGUAUGUUUCCUUGAAGGAUAGCAACAGUCCUGUCGACGUAUACACAGAUACACAGAUUGUAUUCUGACUUUAAGACUGUAGGAAAAUCCUCUGCUGCCAGCUCAGUACGGUUAGAACUAAUUCUGACAGGAGCAAGGACAUACAAAGUAAAAUCUUAGUGGUUAUUUGAAUACUAUUAAUCGUUAAUAGUUGAGAUGAAAAGUAUGUUUCCUUGAAGGAUAGGAACUGGAAACUGUCACGCCGACUUAUGUUUUCAGAGGAUAGACAGUCACUUCAACGUUUGUUUCCUACGAAAAAGGAAACGGUAACGCCGACGUAUUUUCUCCUAGCAGUAUAGAAGCAGUGGUUCCAACGCCAUGUGUCCCCUAUUUGUUUCAGUGACAUAUAUGAUUCAUUCAGAUAGCAACAACAUGGAUUCUUCUCAUCGUUUCCUCUAAUGUAUCUGAUUCAAUUAGUUUGAAAAGUCCCUGGGUUUAUUAAGAAAAGGAUAAAUGGAUAAAUGAGUAUCCCGUUUUUCUUGUGUUUAAACUAUUUCUCGAGAAAUAGUGCUUUGUGCCAUUGGCAUGUUUCGUUCCUUAAGUCGUUCGGUAGGUUUUGGGUGGGGACGCUGUAUUGCUAUAUUUGGCGCUAUAUUACUAGUUUUAGUAUGUUAUUCUACCAUGCCACACGCUAUAAUGACUCAACCACAGCACUCUCGAUAUACGCAUGACUCGUAUCUUUCAAUCUCCACAAGGAUUGCAUUGCCUUACAUGGACAGACAUUCUGAAAAACAAAUGAGUUCUUCCAGUUCAGACUUACUCAGAAAACAAGCCAAAGACGAAAAUUGUCAGCCAAAAACAUUGUCGUUUCUGACCUACAAACCAAGAUAUCGCACAGCACUGCUUAGUUUUCCUGGAUCUGGCAACACGUGGGUCAGACAUCUUAUACAGGAGCUUACAGGUUACUACACGGGGAGCAUUUACCGGGACACAAGUCUGGCCCAGAACGGGUUUCCUGGUGAAACAGUGCCUGUCCGACAUUCCACUAAGUAUUGUAUUGUAUACAAAAGUCACCAGGCUACCAAAAAAACCCUGAGGAUUUUCAGCAAAGCUUUAAUCAUUUUACGAAAUCCUUUAAAUGCUAUCAAGGCCUAUUUUAAUUAUGAAUUUUCAAGUAAAAUCCAAAAAGAGUUCGGACAAAUCCUGGACGUCACCGAUAGUGAAGGCGGAAACAUGACGUCAUACAACAAACAUCUGAAUCACGCGGACCCGUCUUUAUAUCACACAACAAAAUGGAGAUCAUAUGUGGAUGAUAGGCUGCGGCGUUGGAGGACAAAAAACAUAUUUUGGUUGCAGAACUUCAAACAAAACUGUACGAUUGUUUUAUAUGAAUCUUUGAAGCGUAAUUGUUCAUCAGAACUGUUGAGAAUUGGUAGAUUCCUCGGGAUUCGAGUAAAACCGAAGGACGUGUGGUGUACCAUUGUUAAUAGAGAGGGACAAUUCCACCGCCCUCCAACCAACAAGACGACGUCCAGUGUGGUCAGUCUAAUUACCCCAAACCAACGAGAGGAGAUUCGCAAAUCUGUCUGUGAGGUUUCUAGAGUCGCCAGGAAGCUGGACAUUGAUUUGGACAUAUCUCAGUAUCUGGUCGGAUUAUUGGAAAAAAAGGACACAGUAUGUUAAUCCCAUUGAAUAUCCAAUGAAUAACUAUAUGCACAUGUGUUAUCAAAUACUGUGUUUAAAAAUAAUGGCGGAAUACAAAUACUGAAAAAACAAAUACAUAGUACUUGAGUAUUCAAAAUGUUUAACAACCAUUUACAUAUGAAGAACAUAAACAUUAGAGAAAAAACAACACAUUUGUCAUAUUUGGAUACCUACCAUAAUGGUAUAGAAUAGGCAAAGUUUUCAUUCAACAUAUUACUUCGCGUUAACAAUUUACCAAAAACUUGUAUUCAUAAGCAAUCUCUUCUUAACACACGGAGCAAACUCGAUUCUGAUGAGGUGCACCACCCCAUCGUGCAUUUUCUAUGAACAGUUGUAAGUUAAAUGGACAUUGUCUUCCAUUUGAAAAUGCUUUUUUUUUUAAAUUAUUGAAUAUGUAAAAAUUUUGACGAAUCUAUAUCGUUGAAUCAUUUUUGAAUAAAGUGGUACUGCAAUCUUUGUUUAACCACAUAUUUUAA